AGUCCGCCAUUUUGGCUCAAACAAAGUCAGAAACAUUUUAUCCCUGGGACAUAUUUGACAUUUUAUCCAUAAACAGGAAGUGAAAAGUCGUCAGGAGAUCACCUGUGUUUCCACUAGUUGUUGUAUAUCGCAGAGGUUACUUUUCCUGUUUUAAACACCUCGUACAUAGUUUGAUAAAAAGUGAUUAUUACAAAUCUACAGCUGAGCCAGGCUCCUCUUGACGGGGGUUAUAUUUAUCUCUGCUGCAGCAAUGGGUGGCUGCUCAGCUCCAAACUGCUCCAACUCAACCAGCAUAGGUAAACAGCUGUUCAGGUUCCCCAAAGACCCCGUCAGGAAGAAGAAAUGGUUGGUGAACUGUAAACGAGACUUUGAACCAACUCCUCACUCCAGACUCUGUCAGGAUCAUUUUGAGCAGAACCAGUUUGAAGAGGUUGCGAGGUCUCCAGCUGGAGGGAGGAAGCUGAAGCCCAAUGCCAUCCCCACUCUGUUCAGCAGUGCAGACCCUCCUUACCCUGCAGCCACUACUCAAUACAUCCUAAUGCCCAUGAAACCAGAACCAGUAGAGAAGGAGCUGAAUUUUGGGGACCACGGCUAUGCCCGACGCACACCUCUGCCCGGCAUGGAGGAUGAGGACGCCGAAGACCAUCAGCCCUGCACGCGCUGUCAACUCCUCAAGAAACAGCUGGAGCAGGAGAUGCAGCACACUGCGAGGCUACAGAGGGAGGCAGAGGAGAUGAAAAAGCGUCUUUACCGACUCGACCGCAUCGAGAAAGGCCUCCAGAACUUUCUGUACGAGGACCAGAUUCGUGCCCUGUCCCUCAGCAAACGCUCCCGCCGUGCCGUCUGGUCUCCGGAGACCAUCCUGAAGGCCCGAAAGAUCCGCUGCGCAGUCGGCACCAAAGGCUACGAGUACUUGAGAGAGCUGGGCUACCCUUUGCCCUCCUACAGGACUCUGUGUAACCGCCUGGAGACCAAGAUCAUGGUGACGACCGACAUGAGCUGCGAGGAGCUGGCCGAGCUGGGCCUGGGGCUCAUGGCGUCCUGUGACAGCCCCACAGAAGGGGUCGGAGACAAUGAUGAGGAGGAACUGAUCGGCGUUUUGUCCUGAUUUUUGUUAAUUUUAACAAAGGGAACACCUCAGAAUAUGCUCUGUUAGGGUGUGACAGACGAUGGCCAAAUGGUUCCUCUUUACCACAUCCUUUAAAGACUGAACAUGUGUCCUUUUAUUGACAGACAUUGCGAGUUCACUUGUUUGAACUGUCACACAUUUGUGCUGGAGAUCUCCAGCUGCUGGGGCUUGUGGUCUGUGGUGUUUCUCACCAUGACGAUGUGGAGCUCCAAUAUGUGCUGCCUUGUGCGUGGAGAUGAGCGAUGUAGUCGAAGUAGACUACCAUUAAUGGAUUGUUGAUGUGUUUGACAGUGGACCCAUGAUUUGCAAAAGGUCUGUUCAAUCUUCUGGUCGUGCUUAAUGUCCAGUGUUUCACAGGCAGUGAAGUCAAGAUACUCAAGUGUACUGAGCAGAGUCAACACAGAUGACUUUCUUGGGACUUCAUAUGAUACAGGUGUAAGAGGGGAAUGAAAAUGCACUUUUUUUUACAUCACAUGCGAUGAUUUUGCACCGCUAUGACUGUGUUCAUUCACUCAUGAGGCUGCUUUCUUAAGCAAAUCAAAAAAAGUACUGGACAUUGUCGACAGUGUGGAGUGAUUGCUCAGCUGUGAUGCUCUGCUACAUCUGCUGCAGGUAGUGCUGAAAGUAUUGUAAACUAUCCCAACAGAGCACACUUUGCUGAACAAACUGUAUGACGGCACCAUUUCAAAAUCACCUCAAGCUUUGUUUUCCACCUGACAUUUUCUGAAAGAAAAGUUGUCAUCAGUUUUGCUCAUAUCAAGAAAAAAAGUUCUCAUCCUCGUCCUGUUAAUGUUGGCCAACAGAUCUGUCGGUAGAGGACUCCUUCUGAGAGCAGCUCAUGUUGUGGGUAAGGUAGCCAGAGUGUAAAGAUUUCAGAAGAAGUAUGGAGGCAUUUAAAUAUGUUACACUAUAAACUGCUUUAUAUACAAUAUACAAGCUUUAUGUUGUGGGGGAAGAAUCCCCCAUAUAUGUAUCAUUGAUGAUGCAGCAGCACACAACUUGAAUAAAAAUGAAUGUCUAGAAACAUUUAAGUAUUUUAA